AUGCUCGCUCCAUCGUCCCCAAUCGCGUUCCCUCCGAGUUCCUCCCCCGCUACCAACAAGCGGCCACGACCGACCGACGCGCCAAAACCGGCAAAACCACGCGUACUGGCCGGUUUUCUUGCCGACGACGACUCAGACAGCGAUUCUGAUAAUGACGGAGCCGCCGCACCCCCCUCGCCAAAACGGCGGAUGCUCCAGCACGACACACAAACCCAAGAUGCGCAAGUGGAAGUCGAAGCGGGAGCCAUCGGCGUAGAGGAGGGGUUGAACAAUGCGCUGCGAGGUACUCAGGACCUCGUCUCGACGCCACCAGCGAGCCAGACCCAGGAGCCCUCGGCAGAAGAAGCAGAGCGUUACGAGCGCCUCUUUGGAAACCAAGGGCUGCCCACUCUGGCCGCGUUCACUAGCCGAGACCCUCGACAGGCUUCCUACCAGCUCACCACAUGCGCUGGUCAGAUCCUUCCGGUCCGGGAGCGCAAACCGACCGCUUCCGUGUCCUACGCUACCAUGGUAGCGGCACGGUCAAAGACAAAAGAGGGCCGGGCGCACAAGAGCUACUACGGAAUCGCCAUCCACGAGCUGAUCGACGGGGCGAACAAGGAGAUCGCCAGCGGGCGCAAGAAACUCCAAUCUACGGAAACGGCGCACACCACACCCCCCGCCAACCCCGACCAGCCGGUCCGUUCCAUCGAGACACACCCCGCGGCAGGCACCAAGAAAUCCAAGCGCGCCAUGCUCUGGACGGAAAAAUACCGCGCACGCAACUUCAUGGACCUCUGCGGCGACGACCUAACCAACCGGCAAGUCCUACGCUGGCUCAAGCGCUGGGACCCCAUCGUGUUCCCGCACGCGGCUAGCAAGACCAAAUCCGCCAUCCGACGACUCCACGCCCAGAGUCAACAAAGCCAACAAGGGGGCCAAUCGCAACAACACCAACCCGAAGACGAGAAACCACACCGCAAGAUCCUCAUGCUACACGGCCCGCCCGGGCUGGGCAAGACCACGCUGGCCCAUGUCUGCGCGCGCCAGGCCGGCUAUGAGGUCAUGGAGAUCAAUGCGAGCGACGAGCGCAGCAAGGAUGUGGUGAAGGGGCGGAUUCGUACGAGUUUGGGGACGGAGAGUGUUAAGACGGUGGAGCACAAGAAACCGGAGCCCGGGAAGCAGCAGAAGGUCGCUCGGCCGGUUUGUGUGGUCGUGGAUGAGGUGGAUGGGGUGGUGGGUGGGUCUGGGGGGUCGGGUGAGGGUGGGUUUGUCAAGGCGUUGAUUGACUUGGUGAUGUUGGAUCAGAAGAAUAGUGUGGGUGGUGGCGGGGGAGCAGGGGGGUCGGCUGGUGCUGGGCGGAGAAAGAAGAAGGGGGAUGAUUUCCGGCAGAUGAGGCCGCUGGUGCUCAUCUGCAAUGAUGUAUACCACCCUUCGCUGCGGCCGCUGCGGCAGUCUGGGUUGGCUGAGGUGAUUCAUGUUGGGAAACCUACGGUGGAAGCGGUCGUCACCCGGCUCAAGUCGAUCUUUGAGAAGGAGGGGAUCCCCUGUGAGAAAGACGCAGCGCGGAAGCUGUGUGAGGCUGCGUGGGGCAUGUCGAGCGGUAUCGACGCGAAGCGAGGGGCGGAGAGCAACGCUGAGGGCGACUUGCGCGGGGUUAUGGUCGUGGGGGAGUGGGUGGCCGGUCGAUUGAGAGCAGCGGCACCCGCCGAAGGGACUACCAACCCCACGCUCACCCGCCAAUGGCUCGACAGACACAUCAUUCGGGACCUCGCCCAUGGCGGCGGCGGUGCGCGCGGGCUCGGCCGCGGCGGUUCUAAAGAGAUCGUCUCCCGUAUUUUCCAAGAAGGCGCCGGCUUCCCCAAGCAAGCCUCGGUCUCAUCAUCCCAAACGACAACAACAAUCAACAAAAACACCCUCCACGAACAGCCACAAGCCCAGCUCGGUUUCGCCGAACAACAAAAGAAAUACGCCAUGACCCGUCUACGCGAGAUGAUCGACACCUCGGGCGAAAUCGACCGCAUCAUGACCGAGAUCUUCCUCGAGUACCCCAACCGCGACUUCAACGACGACUCCUUCCUCACCAAACCCGACACCGCCUACGAGUGGAUGCACUUCCACGACACCUGCUCCACCCGCUUAUUCUCCAGCCAGGAAUGGGAGCUCGCGCCCUACGCCAGCCAACCCAUCCUCGCUUGUCAUCACCUCUUUGCUUCUCCGCGGCGACACCAUUCCCAGCCCCAAGGCGCUUCCGGUUACGGCGGUAAAUGGGGGGCCGAAACGGAAGAUCCCAGCGCCGCCGGGGAAGCUCCCUUACCCUUCUCCGGUCCCCGCGCCGAUUACGCCGCCCGCGAAGCCGAAAAAGUCAACCGCGCCGCGCUCCAGGGCAUCCACGCGCAGCUCCCACCCACGCUAACCCGUGCCUUCCGCAGCCCGGAACACAUCGCAACCGAUUUCCUGCCGUAUCUCGUGCGGCUCGUCUCGCCGGAUGUGAAACCCGUCAUGGUGGGCGGUAGCGGCAUCGGUGACAAGACGGGAGGUGGAGGCGCUGUGGCGUCGGUGCGUAGGGAGCGGGAGAAGGCUAUGGUGCGCCGGGCGGCGGAGGUUUUGGCUGAGGUUGGGAUUGUGUUGCAUAAGGGGAAGAUUGAGCAGGAUGUUGCUGCUGGUCCGGCGCAGAGGACGCAGUGGGUUUAUCGCAUGGAGCCCGACCUAGACACCCUCGCAACCUUCGAAACAGCCUCUGCCUACCUCCUCGCCUCUCAAGCGCCCACGCGCUACGCCGUGCGGCAGGUUCUCGAUCAGGAACUGCACAAGACUAUUGCGCAAAGGGAGAAUGCCGCACGGAUGGCCCGGUUGCGGGUUGGUGGGGGCAGUGUUGACGUAUCUCACCAGCAACUACAGACGAAACAACAACAGCAGCAGCAGAAGGGGGGAUUAUUGCACGGGAUGCGGAGCGGGGAUGAGAAUAAGGAAAAUACACCGCUGGGUGGUAUUGGGGGUGAUAGUGUGAAACGGGAUUUCUUCGGUCGCCCGAUUGUUGAGAGACCGUUGGGGGAGAUGGAUGGGAAUGGGGUCGUGAGGCCGGGCAGUAAGAAACAGAGGAAGGGAGGGAUGGACACAGCUGGUGCUGGAGGUAUGGUGUGGGUGACGUAUAAUGAAGGGAUGAAUAAUGCGGUGAGGAAACCGUUGUCUUUGGAGGAGUUUUUGAGGGGGUUUUAG